AUUUGGUAAAUUAGAUAAGUGCGAAUUACCGGUCGAUGAAGGUGAUUUAAGCAUCCUUGAGGAUGCGUACUGCAUUCUUAGGUUGCUAGAGUCGAAAUCGCUUGAAUCAGAAAAGAUCAUAAAAGAAGUCUUACAAAAUAAUACGAAAAACAAAAGACGACGUAUGAUGACAGAAAGUAAUCCUCAUUUAAAUAAGAACCGAACUCCUAUUAAAUAG